UGUAGGAUCACCACGACAUGCUGCUGGAGAUCGAGAGAGACAAAGCCAUCACAGACAAGGUCAUCCUCAUCCAGAAGGUGGUUAGAGGAUUCAAGGACAGAUCUAACUUCCUGAAGAUGAGGAAGUCAGCUGUGUUGAUCCAGAAGACAUGGAGAGGGUAUCAGUGCAGGAAGAACUAUGGAGCUAUGCGAGCAGGCUUCUCCCGCCUCCAGGCUCUGGUUCGUUCCAGGAAGUUGUGUGCGUCGUAUCACGUGGCCCGCCAGCGAAUCACAGGCUUCCAGGGGCGCUGUCGUGGCUAUUUGGUGCGCCGCGCGUUCAGGCACCGGCUGUGGGCCGUCAUCACCAUCCAGGCCCACACCAGAGGUAUGAUCGCACGCCGGCUCUACAGGAGGCUGAAGGGAGAGUACCGCAGGCGUCUGGAGGCAGAGAAGAUGCGUCUGGCGGAAGAGACCAAACUGAGGAACCAGAUGUCUGCGAAGAGAGCGAAGGCUGAAGCUGAGCGCAAACACCAGGAGCGCCUGGCCCAGCUGGCCACAGAGGACGCAGAGCGGGAGAAGAAGGAGAAGGAGGAGGCUCGCAGGAAGAAAGAGAUGGUUGAGCAGAUGGAGAAGGCCCGUCUGGAGCCCGUCAACGACUCCGACAUGGUGGACAAAAUGUUCGGCUUCCUGGGGACGACCGCCUCUUUCCCCGGACAGGAGGGACAAGCCCCCGCUGGCUUUGAGGUGAACAUGACACACUUUCCUCUCCCUCCGCAAAAUGAAAACAAACUAUAA